AUGGGGAUGCCCCACACGCCGGGCAAGCCCACCUCCUCCUCGACGCCCAGGACCGCGCACCUCGGCGUGGGCAUGAGCGCGCCGCCCAUGGAAGACAUAGACUACAAAACCAACCCGCACGUGAAGCCGCCCUACUCGUAUGCCACGCUCAUUUGCAUGGCCAUGGAAGCCAGUAAGAAGACCAAAAUCACCCUCUCUGCCAUCUACAAGUGGAUCACCGACAACUUCUGCUACUUUCGGCACGCUGACCCCACCUGGCAGAACUCCAUCCGGCACAACCUGUCCUUGAACAAGUGCUUCAUCAAGGUGCCCCGAGAGAAGGACGAGCCGGGGAAGGGCGGCUUCUGGAAGAUCGACCCCCAGUACGCUGACCGGCUCAUGAACGGCGCCUUCAAGAAACGGAGGAUGCCCCCAGUUCAAAUCCACCCAGCCUUCACCAACAGAGUCCAGCAAGAAGCAAAGUCUGUCUCUGGCCCGGCAGUUUCCUCCUGGACCAGCAACAACGUCCUGAAUGUCAACGUGGAGUCGCAGCAGCUGCUGAAAGAGUUUGAAGAAGUCACUAGUGACCAGAACUGGAAUCCAGCAGACGGAAAAGCCGGCCACAAGCGCAAGCAACCCAUGCCCAAACGGACGGCCAAGUCGGCUCGGCUUUCCAGCUCGCCCUUGCUCACCCAGGAAGAACAAACGGAGCUGGGAUCGCUGAAGGGUGACUUUGACUGGGAAGCCAUCUUUGACACCACCCUGACCGGUGAUUUCUCCCCUUUCGAGGAUCUGGAGCUCACGCCUCCCAUCAGCCCAAUAACCCGAGACGUGGACUUGACGGUGCACGGCCGACACAUCGACUGUCCCCAGGAGUGGUGCCCCGUUGGGCACGACCAGGUCCUGACUGAAGCCAACCAGAACAGCCUGGACUUUGAUGAAACCUUCAUGGCCACGUCUUACCUUCAGCACCCCUGGGAUGAAGGGAGGAACGAUUACCUCUCCGGCGCCGUCAGCAUGGACCAGUUGUUUGAACUCAGCGACACUUGUUUGCCAGCAGAUGUGAACGACUGGAUCAGUGUGGGGUCCUUUUUAUAAGAGGCCAUUCAUGACUCAAGGGAUCGCAUCAAGCUCCCAUAAACGUUACCUAUUAGCAGGAUGCUCCCCCCUCACUGCUGGAACUUACAAGGGACAAGAUUUUAUAGUGACAGAGACAAAUAUAGUGACUUUUAUCAGCUUCAUAGGAAGAAU